AUGGAUUCAGUAUCUAAAGAAUUCAAAAUAUUAUAUCAAAAAGCACAUGAAUACUUUGAUAAUUUUCAAUAUACAUUUAAUAAGGAUAUGACAACCCUUGCUAAAGAUUUUCUUGUUAAAAAUUGUGAUCUAUCUGAUAACAAUAUCGAACAGUUUAUUGCAGAUAAAGUUUGGCAACUAAAGCUUAGCAAAUACCUUGAUGCUAGUAAUUUUUCAAAGUUUAAAAAAUCUCAAUCUUCACUCAAGUCUCUUAAAAAUUUUAUUACUGAAAGUUUGAAAAUCUAUGUCGAAUAUCUGAUUUCAAUUCAUAACCAAGAAAAACCAUCCUAUAGUGAAGAUGUCUUGGUGAAAAUUAAGAAGCUUGAUCAACUUACUCUUCAUCUAAACAUUCCAUCAGCAAGUUAA